AAUUUAAAUUUAGCGAUUGUAUCUAAUAAACGGACUAUGCACGCUUAUAACACAAGGAUGCGUUUGACAGCAUGUUGCACGCAAAUCGAAUGACGAUAUGGUAAAUCAUAGAAUAACAAAAUAUGCAUCGAUGACAUGUAAAAAAAUACUAAUAUCGGAUUGCACAUCAUGUCAGUGUAUGUUUAUCGUGCGCUAAAUAUACGUAUUUCUCAAUAUUUGGGGUUUCCUACUGAAAAUUCUUUGAAAAGAAUAUCAUUUAGAUCAUGGAGACCGUAGAAAAAGGAGCUCAGUUUGUACAGAAGUAUACACAAAGAUUGUUUGAACAUAUUGAGAAACAAGCACUUCGAACUGGUGAAAAAUGUGAUAUUUAUUUGGAUAACAUUUCACCAAGAAAGAAAUAUCUGUGUGAAAUAUUGCUAAGGGUUCCGUUGAUUUUCAUAAUUCACCAGUGGCUACUUCUCUUUCCGUAUUCUAAUUACUGGAUUAUUGAAUUUUUCCUUCUCUUCGUCCGAUUCGGAGUUCCCUGGUUGGAACAUGGGCAUUCAACAUCGGAGUCCUUCUGCAAGUAUACACUGUCCUUACAAUAGAUGUAGCCGUCACAUGGUUGAAACGUAUUGAUUAUUGGACCCGUCAAGACGAAGCAUAUGGUAUUAGCCAUGAAAAGAAUAUUCUUGUUUGGACUAAUGUAACAGAACAAUCGAGGGCACUAGAGAUAUGUUCCAUUUCAAUGCAGAUUGUCUACCUUUGUUGCAGGCCUGGAGCGUUCGCGCACAGAGGGAAAGUGCAUAUAUCCGCCUGGAUAUACAUUGCAUUGUUUGGGACCCUUGUUCCCAAUAUUCUAAGCGUUUUAGGUAUAUCUCCUUCUUUUCUGUCGGAAGUGUCAUAUUGGAUAGAAAGUACAUUAUUGAUAACAGUAUGUAUAUUUGAAGUAAGUUCAAAUAUGAAUGUAGAUAUAAAAGUUGAUGAAAAUAAAUUAAUUCAACUGACUGCCAAGCCCACACUGACAAAUGAUGAACAGACGACACUAGAAUACAGAACUAGAAUGCAAGAUUUACAAUUACGUAUAGCAACACGAAAUCGGUUUCCAGAAAAACGGUCCAUGCGAGAUACAAUGCUUGCCUUUGGAGCUUUGUAUUUUCUCUUAAAUCUUCUGAUCGAAAUUACCAUAAAUCAAACACAACUCACGUCUUUGUCGUCAUCCGAUACACUUUUUGAAGUAUUAUCUGUUUGGUGCACGACAGAGGUGAUUGUUGUUUCCGUUUCGUAUGGACUUGGACUCAUAUCUAAUAUUUGCGUUGCUCUGUGUCACAUAAUCCUUACUACCGAAAUAAUCAUAAUAGAGGCUUUCGAUGCGAACAUUGGUGGCAUUGUACAAGUAUCUGCGCUCAUAGCAUUUAUUGACGCAGACAUUUUGUCUUUAGAGUACACUGCAAAAUUAGAAGCCAUGAAAAUGGUAGUAUUCCUUUCAGUAUACGCUAUAAUCUUCCAAACACUCGAUGCUCUGGAACAGAAAAUACUGAAUACAGUUAACAGAGGCGAGUCUCCAGGUGUGUUAUUCUACCUGCGGGUCGGGAUUCUGACAGGACUUCUUGUGACUGUCCCAACCCUUUUCACAAUUAUUGUUUCGGAGCAUUUAGACAUAAAUCCAUGGCUUCUCUUUAUUGCAUGUGGAAAUUGUAUGCUCAUACUUCAAACUUUGUUUAUGUUAUUGGAAUGUACCUUCGUGUCAAUCACAUGGAACACUACACAGCAUCUAGGUAUAUUAGAAGACCUGAUACAUUACACGCAAGUAUCAAAGUGUCUGUGUCUGGUUGUACUAAAUACUUUUCAGAGUUAUUGUAGAUAUAUUUGUCCGUUUUUUAAAGGUUGGUGGUUAUUAAGACUUUUCGUAGCUGUAUUCAACUGUUUGGGUGUUGUAUGUGUUUUGGGGAUUAUAGAAUUAGAUAGAUACAAUAGCCGAAACCGUACGAGAUCACUCCUUAACAACCUGCCAGAUGUAACGUUCAAAUCUACAAACACCACAAACGAAAAUAGUGCAGAGGAAUUUCAAGACUGUGCGAUUUGUUUAUCUGUGUUGUCAGAAGGGAAGACUUUACCUUGCAAACAUGCCUUCCACAAGGACUGCUUAAGAAGAUGGCUUCAAGUUAAGGCAGUUUGUCCUUUCUGUAACACUGAAAUUGAAUGAGAAAUUCUACACCUUUUGAAACUGAAAAAUUAGAAGCUAGAAAUAAAAAGUAAAAAAAGUAAGAAAUUUGAAGUAAGAAUGUAGAAAUAAACAGUUUAUAAUUUGAAAUAAGAAGUAAGAGAAGUAAGAAAUUAAAUAUCUCUUUUGGGCUUUCGUGCUAUACAGAGAAGGAUAUGAAAGUAGCCUCUACAGAUAAAUAAAAUGUCAAAAUACGGCUGGGGUGUACCUUCUGGCUUUUAUGAAAAUCUUGUAGUGGGACAUUAUGACCAAAAGCCAUACCACAACAAUUUAUGACAUGUUUAUCAUAUACCGAAGCUUUCAUAUUCAUGUUUCAUAUAUUGUCGACAUAUUCUGAUACGUAUCAAAUAAAUUGCUUUUUCAUUUUUCUUGUCAUCUAAGUCUAAAAAUCUAUCACGAUCCCCCCACCAGAAAUAUCAAUAUUGCUAUAUGACGUGGCAGAUUGCGGUGACGUUUCGGUUACUCUUGGUAUUCAUUAUGAUGAGGCCUAAAAGUGUUUGUUUCCGGUAUCCCGACCUACCCUAAAUUUUGACCCGACUCUAAAUGUUUUUAUGGCCUUGGAGAAUUUUUUAAUUUUUUUAACAAAAAGUUGCAAAAUUGCACUUUUUAUUCUUCAAAAAUGGUCAGUGAUGUUAGAAAUUAACUUACCGAUGCUCUAAAAAUAUUAUUUCUUAUUUGUAUUCAUUUUUUGACCGAAAGAUACCACUUAAUAAAAAAAUCCCCCAAAAAAUUACCAACCGCCCUACCCUAAUUUUUUAGCAUGUUCCUGGAAACAAACAAUCUUUUAGGCCUUAUUGCGUGUAAAGCACACUGCUCCAUCAUUAUCGGUUGUGAUUAUCGUUUCAUUUGAUUUUUGAUGGUACAUAAUAAGUAUUAAUUUAAAAGUACGCCAAGGAUUUAUAAUUCGGCAGAUUUUUCAUCUAAAAUUUUCAUUGAACAUAUUUCUUAAUAUCAGCUUGUUAUGUUUUUACUUUGUUGACAUGUCAUUCAGUUAAUUAUAUGAGUAUACAUGUACAUAAUAAAAUAGUCUGCAUCAUUUCUACAACUGGAAUAAAGUCCAACGUAACGGAAUUUUCCGACUGUCACCGAACCAAUUAUUAUUGAGACAGAAGCGUUUUGCAGAAAAUUCUCUUACGUACGAUCAAUGAAUUCUUUAAUCGUAAUCAAUACAUACCCUAAACAAAUACACUUUUUGUGUGUAUUUUCUAUAAGAAAAUCCAGUGACAACACAGAAGUUAGAAGUAAGAUGAAAGAAAUUAGAAGUUCCUCCCGACUUUUGUAUUAAAUAGUGUAAUUGCAACGGUGCAAAUGCUUAUGCCACAAACAAGUCCCUUUACAAAGAUUACUGACCGUGUGAAAGCAGUUUCCCGAUUUUCAACUUGUUUUUUUUUUCCCUAGCUGUUUCUUUUGUUUUGUAUGUUGUCUUGCAUGUACCGCCUUCUUCUUUUGUGUUUUACAAUAUUUCUAUUAUGAUAAACUAUGUAUUGUGGACUGGUAUUUGAAGCACACCGUCUACUUUCUGUGUCAAGGGUCGAAUUUUGGGUAGCGGCAUUCGAUUGUAUUUUUCUGGUGUGUUUGCGAGGCUCAAUGUUUUAGUGAUUCCAUGAAGAAGACACAUAUUUCAGUCCUGACCGGGAUUCAGACCCGGAACCUCUCAUACCUAAGGUGAACACAUCACACAACGUCACUAUAAAAUGUAGCUCAGUAGCAAGCUAGUAUACUUGUACUCUAUCCGAUUAAGCACAUUGCAAUAGACUGAAAAUAUUUCAGCCCCUAUCUGAAUUUGAACAUGGGACCUCUUACAUUUAGGUCGUUAAACAAAAUUACUUUUGUUGAUAAAUUAAAAUGUCUUUAUACUUUUACUUAUAUAGAAAAAGUAUAGAGAAUAUCUCUUGCAUAUUCAUUUGUCUGCGCCAUCUGUUUACCCAGUUCUUUUCUCUAUUUCACUUAAUGACAUGAAUUUACAUUGAUUAUGUACAUUGCUUGUAUUAACUGAGUGUACAGAUUUGUAUGUAUAUAAAACCUAGUGAAAAGAAUAAAAGGUUGAAUCAUGUUUUGCUGAGUGCAAGAAUUAUUUCAUCAUAAAGAACAAUAUAUGUGCUGCAGAUAAGGGGUCCGAACAAUGUACCUUGAUCACACAAUUAUCAGAAUCUUUGUUAAAACAAUCUUCUAAUGACUUCCGUGUUCUCCACAUUAGAGAGUAUGGCAGUCAAUGUUUAUGCUAUCAAAUGCAACAUUUAUAACUCCCAGUAACCUCGUUAGAAAGACUACUACGUUCGAAAUAUGGCUUAGUUAAUACGUGGAUUGUUCCGAUGUUGCUUUAAACAAACAAAUUCUCUGGACAAUGUUUGGUAUAAGUUAGUCGAAAAAGACUGAAAUUCCAAAAAGCGGAGGUACCAAACAAGUAAAAAAACCUUAAUAUUAAUUAUUCAAAUUAAAUAAUUAAAUAAGUUAUUUUAGAUCAUUUAGGCACACAGUUUAUGUUGUAACUAUACUGACCCUCUGAUAAAUGAAACAAGUUAAAAUGAUCUUUUAAAUGAUGCAGGGUUCUUACAAAAAAGAUUGAUAAUUUAUCAUAUUUCGGUCUUUUCGCUGUAACAGUAAAUUACUACUUGGGAUAUGUUAUGUUGAUUUUAUAUAUGGUGAACUGGGUAGAAUUAGUUUUAAAUGUAUACAUUUUUAUAACAUUAUUAAAUACUGGACAAAAAUUGUGUGUACAAGUGAAAAUAAAUAUGUAACUCUUGUGUACAAAAUGUUAAAAGAUGACUUAGAAAAUGCUCCAAAUAAGGUAAAUUGGUGUUCACUGCUUAAAAAUUUGUUAUGUUCUUUCGCUUUUUAUGAUGCCUGGUUACAACAAAGUGUAGGUAAUACUAACCUAUUCUUAAGCAUGGUUAAGCAAAGAAUAAAUGAUCAAUUUAUACAAAAUUGGCACGAUAGAUUAGAAAAUUCUUCACGUGUACUCUUUUAUCGAAACAUAGCCUCAUUUAGAUUUCAACCAUACUUGGAAUAUUUUUCUGUUAACAAAUUUUGUCAAGCACUCGUUCAGUUGAGGGUUUCUUCUCAUAGGCUACAGAUAGAGACAGGCCGUUGGGCUAGACCAUUAAGUAUUCCUGUAAAUGAACGUCGAUGUCAUAUUUGCAAUGUAUUAGAAAAUGAAUUUCAUUUUGUUCUUGAAUGUAGAUUGUAUAAUGAUUUGAGGAAACAAUAUAUCCUAUUAAAAUUCUGUAGAAGACCAAAUAUGUAUAAAUUUAUAGAUUUGUUAAAUAAUGAAAAUCAGUCAGUCGUGAAAAAAUUAGGAGCAUAUGUAUACCAUGCUUUUACUUUAAGAAAUGCAAAUAUGUAUCAGUAACAAUAUGUCAUUUUCCCGUAAAAAUAUUCCAGCCAAAACAAAUACUGUUGUAAUUUAAAUAUGUAUGUAUAUUUCGCAGUAGUUAUUUCUUGAAACAGAUUUAUGAUUAUCCAGUCUGUUGUUCCUUUAGUUUCGUUUCGUUAAGGAUCAACUCAAGUCCGGAAUAUAUCUUAAUCUAUAAGACUGGAAUAUUUUUCAGUUCAUUAUUAAUAGAUACUAUGUAUGAAUAUAUAUGUUAUGCUAAUCUAUUAUUAGUGUGUAACCUUCUCCGAAUGUAAAAAUGUAGACACAUAUACACAAAUGUUUUAUAUAUGUACAUGCUGAUUUCACUGUUAAUGCUAAUCUAUUAUUAGUGUGUAACCUUCUCCAAAUGUAAAAAUGUAGACACAUAUACACAAAUGUUUUAUAUAUGUACAUGCUGCUUUCGCUGUUAAUGCUAAUCUAUUAUUAGUGUGUAACCUUCUCCAAAUGUAAAAAUGUAGACACAUAUACACAAAUGUUUUAUAAAUGUACAUGCUGAUUUCACUGUUCGUCAUAUACUGUGCAUGUUUAUGUCCUCAUGGGCUUCUAGCCUAUUUGAAUUGAAAUAAACUUACUACUACUUUA